ACGGUGACGUCACCCUGUGUCUGACGGGCGGCUGAAAGGCAAAGACUUCUUGUUGACGUUUUUUGUUUUGAUCGCGUUUGUUUGGAUGUUUUCAUUUUUAUCAUUGUCACUGUUGUUAUUUUUCGGACGUUUCAGCAGCAUUCUCGGCGGAUCCAGAAGCUCGCGCCGUCACGCCUCAGUGCGGGGAUCCUGCAAAGAUGAAAUGGAUGUUUAAAGAGGACCAUUCCCUCGAGCACCGAUGUGUGGAGUCGGCCAAAAUACGCAACAAAUACCCGGACAGAGUACCGGUGAUCGUGGAGAAGGUCUCCGGCUCUCAGAUAGUCGACAUCGAUAAGAGGAAGUACCUGGUGCCUUCGGACAUCACGGUGGCCCAGUUCAUGUGGAUCAUCAGGAAACGCAUCCAGCUGCCUUCGGAGAAAGCCAUCUUCCUCUUUGUGGACAAAACUGUCCCCCAGUCCAGUCUGACGAUGGGCCAGCUGUACGACAAGGAGAAGGACGAGGACGGCUUCCUGUACGUGGCGUACAGCGGAGAAAACACGUUCGGUUGACGCCUCAACGAGCCUCCAGCCUUCUCCCUCAUGCACACACACACGCACACACACACACACACACGCACACACACACACACACACACACACACACACACACACACACACACACACACACACAUGGAGAGGGGCCUGACAGCAACACGGCCCUUCACUUGUGAUAUUCCAGUAACGCCCACACACUUCAGUUGUCAAUACUGAAAUACGUACAUUUAUUGGGUUAAAAAGCAAAAUGCUCCAUUGUUUUGGGUCUAGUUUGGAUGAUUAGACACACAGAGAAAAUACUCGACUGUUAAGGACAGACAAAUCUGAAACACUGCCGUUAAAUCCGACACACACGUCACAGACACACCUGCGUGAGACUAAAAGAGGAAAAAUAGUAGAUAAACCCAGGAAAGCCACCUUCAUCCUCCCUCCCGUCUCUGUUGCUGUUUUGUGUGCAUCCAAAGCAAGAAAGCAACUGUGACCUUUAAAGGUCAAGCUCGGCUUGACGGCCGGCGAGUGAAACGGGCUUCAGUGCUUCCCAGGUUUAGAUUUGCACAUUGCGGUCACCAAUCUGGAUCCAGAGCGCAUGAGGAUUUAAACUUUACUUGAAGCCAACUGUGAUAUUUAUCUGCUGGCAGGAAGAAGGCGUAUUAUUCUGCAGAACCUCAGUCAUGUAAGAGGCGACAGAGAAGCGAAGAGACAGAAAUAGUGGUAAAUGCUCCUUUUAUUAGGUUCGCUGCUGUUCCCUUUUUGGAAUCUUUCUGCACCGUUGAUUAUGAAUCCAUAAUUUAUUUGGACGAAAUUUAAUGAAGUGUCUCAGAAUAUGUAGGAUAAAAAAAAUUGGAAGACUCAGAUUCGCUUUCAAUUUUAUUUUAUUAUUAUUUUUGCAUGCAUCAGUCUGACAGAAGUUUGUUUUUCGCAGCUAGUAUUUGUUAGGUACUUUUAAGUUAUUAUAGGUACAUUCACUCUAACAACACAAAGUUUAUUUUUUCUUUGUGGCACUUUGGUUUCAAAGUAUCCAGAUGUGAAAAUAAAGAGAUUUGAUGAAACCUGUUUUCGCUGAACACUAAAACUGUUGGCCAAGAGUUUAAAAGGAUUCAUCAUCACGGUGAUUAUCGAAAUAGUUUUGUGAAUUUAAUGCUUUCUGUCGGGAUGAUUUUAACGAAUUAAAACAGAUCACUGACUGGCCACCAGAAAAGUUGAUUGGCUUUAUAUUUAUGUAAAUUGCAGCAAUUAUAUGUAUUCAUUUUUUUUUUCUCCUUGGAUUUCUACACUUCAGUUAGUGAAGAGUAAACUAUAUGCUAACAAUGACAUAUCUUCAAAUUAGUUCUUAUUUUUGAACUAAAUAAGAACUGCUUGGCAGGAAGCACCCAGAGAGAUUCUGGGACAUUUUAAUGGGACGUGUGAGUCAUAAAAAAAUGGGAUUUGUCACAACACGUUGCUGAUUUUUUUUAAAUUAGAAUUUACAGCAGAAAUCAAUCACUCAGUAACAGAGGAAUAGUUUUUAAUGAUCUUGCUCACGUGGAGCAUGGAGAUAUGAUUUCUCUGGUUAAUUUACCUCUCUUCUCUCAGACAACGUCAGCUGACAUUUAGUUUGCUUUGGUGCUGGGAAAUCCUGGCUGAGCCUCACAGAGACGAAACCGCCGCUCAAAAAUACCGACGGAACGAGAAGGCGUGUUGCUCCUCCACCAUCAUCAGACACGCGCUGCACAUGUGAAGGGAUUUUCCACAUUUGUAAAAUGUAUGUAGCCAGAUGAAAUGAUCAAUAAAGAUAAUAAGCUGA